CUCUCAUGUAUCAAUUUGUGAGGCAGUUAUUGAAGAUACUUUGAUGAAAAACAAGCACCAAAAAAAUGUCUUUAAAAUUUGCUUUUCUAGAAAAACGCUCGACGUCACCAAAUCUUUUCACAUUUCCACAAUCAAAGCUUAUGUCGUGGUCUGCUAAUUUACAUAGUCCGGUGAAAUCACAAAAAGAAUCACAAAAUACAGAAAUACUUAAAGUCAAGAAUGUGCAGGCAAAUAAUGAUGGAAAUGGAACGCAAAAUAAUCGCAAAAAUCAUCUAUCAACACUUGGAUUGUCGUGUGUCGUGUGUGGUGAUACGAGUUCUGGCAAGCAUUACGGAAUCUUGGCAUGCAACGGAUGUAGUGGCUUUUUUAAAAGAAGUGUAAGGAGAAAAUUGAUUUAUAGAUGUCAAGCUGGAACAGGUCGUUGUGUUGUCGACAAGGCGCAUCGUAAUCAAUGUCAGGCGUGUCGAUUAAAAAAAUGUAUGACAAUGGGAAUGAAUAAGGACGCUGUUCAGAAUGAGCGACAACCACGAAACACAGCAACAAUUAAACCAGAAUCUUUGCGAGACAUGGAUUCGUCGAAAAUGUUGCGAGAACAUUCAAAUCUCGUGGGAAUUUUUGGACCACAAUUUACAAACUCAAUGUCAUUGUCAAUGCUUUCUCCGCCACGAUACGGACAUUCCGAUUUAUUGACACCACCAGCUCUCGCAGCAUCUCAAUUUUUACAUCACACUAGUCAAUUAAGUGCAAUUCCACAUCACCAUCAAAUAUCUUUAGCAAAUGAUUAUCAUUUACUGUCUCUCAACUCUUCAUCAAACAACAAUUCAAUCUCUUCCAAUAGUCCAAAUGGUGGACAUUCGUUAAACAAUAACACCAAAGACGAAAUCAACAAUACACAAAAAUCAUCAUCAAUUGGCUCUGGUUCACCAUCACAUCUAAUAGAAAACGAUGAUGAUUCCAUUGAAAUUGAGGUUACGACAAAUGACGAAGAAAAUGAAAAUGGCGAAAAUGGAAAAAAUAUUAUGGUUCCCCAUUUCGUUAAUUCUUCUCUGUAUGGACAUACGCAUGAGACUGUUUAUGAAACAAGUGCACGUCUGCUGUUUAUGGCUGUUAAAUGGGCCAAAAAUUUGCCAAGUUUUGCGAGUUUGGCAUUUCGAGAUCAAGUAAUUCUGUUGGAGGAGUCAUGGUCGGCAUUGUUCUUAUUAAAUGCUAUUCAGUGGUGCUUGCCACUUGAGCCAGCUAAUUGCUCCUUAUUUUCUGUAACGGAACAUUGCUCGAAUAAUAAUAACAACAAUAAUAUUAAUUUAGCAGAUAAUAAACAAGACAAGACUUCUCAAGAUAUUCGCACACUUCACGACACUUUGCUACGAUUUAAAGCAAUUCUCGUAGAUCCUGCUGAGUUUGCAUGCCUCAAGGCAAUCGUUCUCUUCCGCUCUGAUGCCAAAGGGUUAAAAUCACCAUCGGAAAUUGAGAAUUUGCAAGAUCAGGCGCAGGUGAUGCUGAGUCAACACUGCCGUGCACAAUUCCCGACGCAAAUUGCACGUUUCGGUCGAUUGCUGUUGAUGUUACCAUUAUUGCGACUUGUCAGCUCAACACGCAUCGAGUCAAUUUAUUUUCACAAGACCAUCGGCAAUACACAAAUGGAAAAAGUUCUUUGUGAUAUGAGAAGUCAGAUGAUAUUUCCGUACAAUUCUCCAUACAAUAGAUAUUAGUGAAUUUGUGUUUAUAUUUAGGAGGAAAUUUGUAAU